UGAAUUACACGUGUCAAAAUCACGAGUCGGGUUCUCCAAAUUGAAGUCCUAAUCGACCGCAUGCAGUAAUGGAUUUCAGUCGAAAUAGCUAUUUGCGUCCCCUUCCCAUACGUCGGUCGUCUUAUAUUCCGUGGAAGAUCAAUGAAAUGAUGGACAACUUUUUAUAUCCGCAGGGUGAAUUCCUUGACAGGUGGAACAAACUAUUUGUGCUUUCUUGUGCGAUAUCAUGGGCAUUGGACCCACUAUUCUUUUACAUCCCAAUGUGGAAGUUGAAUGAUCAAGAGACAUGCUUAGAUUCGGACAGAACACUGGCGCUUGUUGUUUCUGUUCUUCGUUCAGUCACAGAUGCUUUUUAUGCAAUUCAUAUAUACUUCCAAUUUCGAACUGUGAUCGUCCAACCUUCUUCCCGAGUGUUUGGAACGGUUGAUUUGACUGUAAGAAUAGCAAAAAGAUACUUGUCCACAUAUUUCACUGUCGACAUUCUAGCAAUCCUUCCAUUACCACAGGUGGUAGUUUUCGUUCUCUCUCCUUCAUUAGAAAAUGCAACUCCAUGGGUAAUGAUAGAAGUGUUGAAGCUCGUAAUCUUCUGCCAAUCUAUGCCGAGGCUUUUGCGGAUCUAUCCACUAUAUGUAGAAGUAACUAGAAGCUCUGGCAGACUGGCUACGACAGCAUUGGGUGGAGCUGCCUAUUACUUUUUGCUCUGCAUGCUAUCCAGUCAUGUGGUUGGAGCGUUUUGGUACAUUUUUGGCAUUGCACGACAGGGUGCGUGCUGGCAGAUAAUGUGUAGGAAAAUUGGCUCAUGUGGAUAUAUAGAUUAUCCCAGCUGUGGAAAUAAACUUGAUCAAGCUGACUUUGUUCGUCAAGUAAUUCAGGCUUGCCGUAUUGUCGAACCAGCUGAAACUAAAAACUCAACCGAUGACUUUGACUUUGACUUUGGAAUAUUUACCACAGUUUUGAAGUCUGGGGUUAUGGAAUCAAGCGACUUUUUAGGGAAAUUCUCUUAUUGCUUCUGGUGGGGUUUUCGCAGUCUAAGUUCUAUUGGUCAAAAUCUGGAAACAAGCAGCACCUACCUUUUCGAGAUAAUCUUUGUUUUUCUCAUAGCCACCUAUGGGAUGAUCUUAUUCUUCUUACUUAUUGACAAUCUGCAGAAAUAUACGCAAUCCACAACAAUAAGGAGAGUAGAAGAAAUGAUGGUGAGGAAGACUGAUGCAGAACAAUGGAUGUCCCGACGUAAUCUCCCUUACUGCUUAAGGGAGCGGAUUAGACAAUAUGAACAUUACAAAUGGCUAGAAACAAGAGGUGUGGAGGAAGAGAAUGCCAUCCAUAAUCUUCCUAAGCAACUCAGAAGGGAAAUAAAGCGCCAUCUUUGCUUCGAUCUUCUUAUGAAGGUGCCCAUGUUCGCAAAGAUGGAUCAACAACUGUGGAAUCUGCUGUUUGAUCGUCUCAAGCCAGUAGUUUACACACAAGGCAGCUACAUUCUUCGUGAAGGGGAUCCAGUGGACGAGAUGCUCUUUAUCAUGCGAGGAAACCUAACCACUAUCACUAUCAAUGGUGGAAUAACUUCUUUCAACAGUACUGCUGAUUUUUGCGGUGAAGAGCUUCUUACUUGGGCCCUAUAUGCCCAGCCCUCGACCAAAUUCCCAAUUUCAACAAAAUUAGUGGUGACUGAAACAGUGGUUGACGCCUUCGUUCUGAUGGCAGAAGACUUGAGGACUCUUGCCUCUCAGUUUCCGAAACUUCAUAUCAAGGAGUUGCAGCAAGCUAACAAUGACAAGAGAACUAUAAUCUCUAUUGGAACUAGCUCUGAUCAUCAUCUUUCUCAUUUGCGUAAAUGGUCCUUCAUAUUGGAACCGUGUAAAAAUGACUUCUUCUACUCCCAACAAUGGAGAACAUGGGUGGCGGCCGGUUUUAUCCAAUCAGCUUGGCGCCGUUACCGUAAGAGAAAGCACGAGAGGGCUUUGUGUGAUGCAGAAAAUAGAUUGCAAUAUUCUUUGGCAAAUGAAGUUGGGGCCUCUGAAAGUUUUGGUGCAACUAUGCAACGACCAGAAGGCACACUCAAUACCAGAGUGCGGCAACUGCUGCCGCCAUCAAAGCCUGUUGAGCCAAAUUUCAAUGUUGAAGGUGACAAUACUUCACAAACAUCAAUAGGUCAUUCUCCCAACAUGGUUAAUAUUGUGCGCACAGAGAUUCGUGCAGCACUUGCAGAGCAUCGUAUGAGUUUGCUAGAGGACUUGGAGAAGAUCAUUAUGCCCAUCAUGACUCGACUGGCGGACAUGGAGGGUCGUAUGACUGCUACGGAGGAGGUCGCCAGGACUCGAGGCCUUUAGUCUACUUUGGAGUCUCCAAAAGCUGCUACAUUGCCAUAUUUUAAUGUAUUUAAUUUGGAUUCAUAGUAUUGAACUUUCGAUAAUGUCAUCGUAUUUUUUGUGGUCUUUUUCAUGAAAAAAAGAUUUAACAAGAUUCUUUCACAGUAUUAUAGUUUAUUUAUUUAUUUAUAAAUUGUUCCCUAUGCUAGCUUCUUAA